CACUCAUUCAUUUGAGAUCUGUCAUUGCUGUGACAGCCAACGUUUCCAGUAUGAGCGUAUCAUACAGGCCAGUGCUUCAAAUGCACAAGAAUUCACAAUUCUCAGGUGAGCCCCAGGUCCAGAUAUAUGAGCAGCCGAAGCAGAGGGGCACGCGCUUCAGGUACAAGUGUGAGGGUCCCUCAGCUGGCAGCAUCCCAGGAGAGAGGAGCUCAGACAGCAGCAGGACCUUCCCCAGUAUUCAGAUUUCAAACUUCUGUGGAAAGGGCAAGGUGAGAGUGUCGCUGGUCACAAAGAAUGAGCCCUACAGGCCACACCCCCACGAGCUGGUGGGCAAGGACUGCAAGGAUGGCUACUAUGAAGCUGAGUUUGGGCCAGAGCGCAGUAUCAUCAUUUUUCAGAACCUGGGGAUCCAGUGUGUAAAAAGGAGGGAGGUGAAAGAUGCAAUACUGCAGAGAGUGACCCGCAGCAUCAACCCCUUUAAUGUCCCACAUGAACAGCUGCUGCAGAUGGAGGAUUAUGACCCGAACGUGGUGCGGCUCUGCUUUCAGGUUUUCCUGCAGGACGAGGCAGGCCACACCCGUGCACUGAGCCCCAUCGUCUCCAACCCCAUCUAUGACAACCGUGCCCCAACCACAGCUGAACUGCGCAUCUGUCGCGUCAAUAGGAACAGUGGCAGCGUGAGGGGUGGCGAUGAGAUCUUUCUCCUCUGUGACAAGGUGCAAAAAGAUGACAUCGAGGUGCGGUUCUUCACACACAACUGGGAGGCCAAGGGCUCCUUCUCCCAGGCGGACGUCCACAGGCAGGUUGCCAUCGUCUUCAAGACUCCUCCUUACAUGGACACCUCCAUCAUCGCACCUGUGACCGUGGGCAUGCAGCUACGACGCCCCUCUGACCAGCAGGUCAGCGAGCCCAUGGAGUUUCGAUACCUGCCCGACAACAAAGAUCCAUAUGGCUACCAGGAGAAGAAGCGGAGACUAGAGGACAUUAUGAAGUCCUUCCCCAAUUUCAAUGGUACGAAUCCUGUUAACAGACCUAAACUGGUGCCGUGGAUGAACCAAUCGAUUAAAAAAGAGCCUAUUAACAUGCACAUGAAGAUGAUCACACCCAAUGGUGUGCAGAAGGCUCCACCCAGUAACUCCAUGUACCGCAACUGGGCCCCGUCCCCUGCCAUGACAUCACACACCCCAGCACAAGCUGCAGUGUCCAUCAACCACAUCGUGCCACACUCCAUUCCCACCAUCUCCCUGGAGACCAUCAAGAUCGGGCCAUCGUCCAGCAGCAAUGGCCCCAGCAUUCAGCAGCCACAGUCCAGCAUGGUACUCUCCAGCAUGGGUGACAAUGGCUGCCUACCAAUCCUCACUGACAGGGAUCUGCAGUGUCUUGGUCCGGGCCAAGAACCACAGGGCUCAAACAGCCAUGUCCAGCAGCAGCAGCAGACCUCUCUCCACAGGAAGGAACCGGCACCAGAACAUUGUGGAAUCCAACCCUCCUGGCCUGGGUACAGCCUUCCAGCCACCCCAGACAUGUUGAACGGAGGUCCAGCCAUGACCAUGCCUUCACCCAUGGAUAACAUGGAGAGUGAGGACAGUCUGCAGAGUUUCAGUGGGACCCCACAGACGCUGUUCCAGCUCAAGCAGGAGACCCAGGGAGCCCAGGGUAUGUCCCCCAACAUGGUCACGAUGUCCCCAGACGGUGCCCUGUCCUACAGCACCCUCACACCCUGCCCCAUGAACAAUGGGGGCGCUCUGGAGAUGCUGAAGCAGAACGGGGUCGAAGAAGCUCACUGCCCCGGCUUCAACAACUUGGCUCCACGGAAUCAGUUCUCAGCCAACGGCAUUGACCCGGAUGAGCGCUUUGAUGCCAUGACUUGGCUUUACUUUCCAGAAUAACCCAAGAGUCUGCAAGACCAGAGGUAAUGUGCAAGGACACAGUCCAACAGUAUGCUGAAGAAACUAGAAAGUUCAGGAAUGUCAUUCUUGAUGAGGAUGCAUAACUAAGGCACUAUUGUGCCUGGCUACUCAAGGAGCAGAAGUGCCAUGAUUCCUUUAUGCUAAGUAGUGUUCAGAGAGUGUGUAACCACAAUCAAGUGGGGUGAUUAUUGCUUAAACUCCUGUGUAUGAGUUAAUUUUUUAAAGAAAACUCUUGAAAACUCAUGAGGUAAUCUUUAUAAUCUUUUUUAAUGUUUAUUGUAUUGGGUAUUUAUGUGUAUAUUAAUAUCAAAAGCCAUGGUUGGGAUGGACAUGGAAAACUGACAUCGGGUUUCCCACUCAGAUUUAGAUUUUUUUCUGACUUUUCAAUUAAGUUGUAAGUGUAGCCAUGCCUUUCAUGGAUUAUCGCCUAUUUCGGUAAUACUCAAAUUCCCAUGAAAUUGGGUUACUCUGAAGAUGGAAUUGUGGGUGAAAUGUUUUCUGAGAAGCAUGAGUUAUUUAAAAAUAUUUCAUGGCUGUGUGGAGCACACAGGGGUGCUCUUGGCAGCAAACACAAAUCAUCAAUUCUCACCCUGAGCUUCAUGUAUAUGCUACCAAGUCAAUUUGUUAGCACAUUGAAGUUGUUAAACUUGAUAGUAUAUCACAUCAAGAAGAAAGAUGGGUGUAUUUCAGUCACUGUAAAAGAAAUAAGAAUGAAGUUUUAUUAUUUGCGCAAUUUUGUGACUUUUCUUGAGAAAGUGCAAUAUCUGACCACUUUCCAUGACUCCUGGAUGACAAUACUAUCAAGGAUUUUCAAGGAGCACGGGAACCCUUUAGGUUACACCAAGACAUUGUUUUAGUCAUGCAAAUUUGAGAAACUGUAUUCACUUUAUUUAUUUUUUUUUACAGAAGCUUUAACUGUAACUGUUCCUAAAAAGGAAGUAAAAAGGGAUUUAAUGUUCCUUGGUAAUGGCUAUGUCAUAUAUAACAGUACUGCCAUGUGUUCUCAGAGCACAGCUUAACAAAGUUAUGAACAAUGCCACCAUACAUAUAAGAGUUUAACCCAGUGUCAACAUUUUAUAGAGAAAAUUUAUCUCCACUAUAAUCAAAACUGUAUGAAUUCAACAGAGGUCAACUUGAUGAAACAUGAUUUCC